AUGAGGUGGAGCUGUGUGUGGUUGUGUGUCCUUGCAUUGUCUGUUUCCAGUGUCAUUGAUAUCCAAGCCAGACAGGUUAACAACCAUGUCAGCAGUAUCUGUAGCACAUGGGGCAGAGAGCACUUCAAGACGUUUGAUGGUGACGUGUUCCAGUUCCCUGGUAUGUGUGAAUACAACCUGGCCUCUGACUGCCACGGCGCCUACCAGGAGUUCUCGGUUCACAUGAAGAGGAAGGAGGUUGAUGGAAACCCUACAGUCAGUCAUGUGGUGGUCACCAUCAAUGAUCUGUCAUUCCACCUCAGCAAGAGCCUGGUCACCGUCAAUGGCCUCCCAGUCCGCAUGCCGUAUUAUAAUUCAGGAGUACAAGUGGAAAAAAAUGCAGUUUACAUCAAGCUUCAAUCCAAAGUUGGCAUUGUUGUCAUGUGGAAUGGUGAUGAUGCAGUCAUGGUGGAACUGGAUGCUGACUAUGCUAACCAUACUUGUGGACUUUGUGGAGACUUCAAUGGUGUUUCUGUCUAUGAUGAAUUCAUUCACAAUGGUCGCAGAAUCAGCCCCAUUGAGUUUGGCAACACUCAGAAAGUCCAUCGCCCAAAUGAUGACUGUGAAGACCCUUAUGAAGAGGAAGACGAAUCACAGGAGGCUGUGGCUGUGCCAGAGUCAUGCAAGGAGUUUGAAACCACCUGUGACCAGCUGCUGCGCUCAGAGUCCUGGAGCUCCUGCACCAACCAGAUUAACCCUGAACCUUACAUCCAGGCCUGUGUGCAGGACAUGUGUGGCUGCAACAACAGAUCAGAUGACUUUUGCGUCUGCAGCACGCUGUCCGAGUUCUCACGACAGUGCUCCCAUGCUGGAGGGGAGCCUCCCAACUGGAGGACACCUCAGUUCUGUGCUAAACAGUGCCCAUUUAACAUGGUUUAUGAAGAGAGUGGUUCCCCUUGCAUGGAUACAUGCACACAUCAAGACACAAGUUCGCUGUGUGAGGAACACAAGAUGGAUGGCUGCUUCUGUCCUCUUGGAACUGUGUUUGAUAACAUCUCCUUAAGAGGAUGCAUUGCUCAAUCUAAGUGUCAGUGCAAACACGACAGAAUCUAUGACUCCGGGGAGGUUUACCGACAGGACAGAGAGGAAUGUACGUGUUUUCAGGGUAGAUGGGCUUGUAAGAGCCUUCAAACACCUUCUACAUGUGCAGUUGAAGAGGGUUCACAUGUCACUACUUUUGAUGGGAAAGCCUACACCUUCCACGGAGACUGUUACUACACCCUAGCCAAAGAUGAUUCAAGUCCAAAGUUUACCAUCCUGGCCCAGCUGGCCCCAUGUGCAAAUCAGAAGUUUGACACAUGUCUGAAGACCCUUAAACUUGUGCUCAACAAUGACAGAAACAAUGUGUUGAUGUUCACUGCUGAUGGCACAGUAAAGCAGAAUAUGCAGACCAUCAGUUUACCAUACAACUCAGGUGACAUCAACAUAUUCCAUGCUUCGUCCUUUCACAUCUUGCUCCAGACCACCUUUGGUUUGAGAAUUCAAAUCCAGCAUGUGCCUCUCAUGCAGGUCUAUGUCAGCCUGCAACAGAGCUACAGAGCAAAGACACGAGGUUUGUGUGGGAACUACAACAUGGUCCUGUCUGAUGACAUGAAAACUCCUCAGGGGAUUGUUGAAGGAACAGCAGCCACUUUUAUUAACUCCUGGAAAGCUAACCUGAUGUGCAGAGAUAGAGAAGAAAGACUGGAUGACCCCUGUUCCCUCAGUGUGGAAAAUGAGAAUUAUGCCAGACACUGGUGUGCCUUACUACUGAGCCCUAGUAGUGAAUUCGCUGGGUGCCAUUCAGUGGUGGAUGCUGAGCUGUUCCAUGAGAGAUGUAUUUACGCUAGUUGCAACUGUGAGAAGAGUGAGGACUGCCUAUGUGCUGUUUUGUCCUCCUAUGCACGAGCCUGUGCAUCAAAGGGAGUGUUUUUGACUGACUGGAGAGAGAACGUGUGUGAUAAAUACUCAAGGAACUGCCCAGCAUCACAGACCUUCUCUUACAAGCAUCAGAGAUGCCAGCUGACAUGCAGAUCCCUUGGCUCUAUGGAGCAGGGCUGCACGUCUGACUUCUUGCCCGUGGAUGGCUGUUCCUGCUCUGAGGGUCUCUACCUUAAUGAUAUUGGCAUUUGUGUCCCCGUGGAAAAGUGUCCCUGCUACCAUAAUGAAGCUUACAUCAAGCCAGGAAAGUCCAUCAGCAUCAAAGAUGAACACUGUGUGUGUACUAAUGGAGUGCUUCAUUGCCAUUCUUGGAGAUCCCGCUCAUCUGUAUUCUUCAACUGCUCGACAGCGGGCACAGGGGAGCUCGGACUACAGUGUACUAGGACUUGUUCAAAUCUUGACAACGAUGAUUGUGACUCCACAGAGUGUGAAUCUGGAUGCCAGUGUCCAACUGGCCUUCUUGAUGAUGGCAGAGGUUCUUGUGUGAAAGAACAUGCAUGCCCAUGUCAGCAUGGUGGCCGCUUCUAUGUCCCAGGAACGACAAUUCCUAACCAGUGUAACACCUGUACCUGCAGAAGUGGAAAAUGGGAGUGCACAGAAGAAAAAUGUCCAGGAACUUGCAUUAUUUAUGGGAGUGGUCACUACAACACGUUUGAUCAGAUAACAUAUGGGUUCCAAGGACAUUGUGCCUAUGUUGCUGUCAAGAACAAUUGUGGGAAUAAAACGGCACAGGAAAACUUUGGAGUUUUCACAGAAAAUGUGCCAUGUGGAUCUACUGGCACCACAUGCUCCAAAACCGUCAGAAUCCAACUUGGGCGUACAGAAGUCAAACUUUCAAAGGGUAAAUACGAAGAGGUGGACCUGGGACAUGGCUCUUCAAUUCAGUACAGAAUAAGGACAGUUGGCUUGUAUUUGGUAGUGGAAUCUGCCAUAGGUCUAACAGUAAUAUGGGAUCGCAAAACAACUGUCCGCACCGUCCUGGACCCAAAGCACAGCGGAGAAGUGUGUGGUCUGUGUGGAGAUUUUGAUGGAAAUGGACAGAAUGACUUUACCACCCAGGGUCAGCUCAUAGUGAGCAAUGUGUUAGAAUUUGCAAACAGCUGGAAAGUGUCAAGCAACUGCCCGGAUGUAGAUACAAGCGUUGACGCUUGUGGAGCAAGACCAAAUCGACAUCACUGGGCAAAAAUGAUGUGCAGCAUUAUAACUGGAGAAACAUUCAAACACUGCCACAGCCAGGUAGCACCUCGUCCCUUUUAUGAAAACUGUGUGAAAGACUCAUGUGCUUGCGACUCUGGAGGAGACUGCGAGUGUUUCUGCACAGCAGUUGCAGCUUAUGCUCAGGCUUGUAAUGAGGCUGAAGUUUGUGUUUCAUGGAGAACUCCAGAAAUCUGUCCUGUCUUUUGUGAUUACUACAACAGUCCUGAUGAUUGCAAGUGGCACUACAACCCUUGUCACACACCUUGCUUCAAGACCUGUUUAAAUCCAGAAGGACAAUGUAGCAACCAAAUACCCAACCUGGAAGGCUGUUACCCUGUAUGCCCUGAAGAUAAGCCUAUAUUUGACACUGUGACCCAGAUGUGUGUUGAGGAAUGUUCAGGUUGCUUUUACAAUGGGACCAGAUAUGAGGAGGACGAAGUUAUUUACGACGUGACUGAUAAUAUGGGAAUCACCACACAAACCCACACUACACCUUGCCUCUGUAUAUUCAAUGGAAAGCAUUAUUUGCCAGGGGAAGUCAUAUUUGACAUGCUACCCAUUGGAUCAGGAGUGUGUCUCACAAUGAUAUGUUCUGAUAUUUGUGAGAUUAAGAACCAGACAGAUAUUUGUGGAACCACAACAAUGCCUACAACAAUGCCUACAACAAUGCCUACAACAAUGCCAACAACAAUGCCUACAACAAUGCCUACAACAAUGCCUACAACAAAACCUCCUGUACCUACCUGCCCUGAAUGGGAUUUAGUGCAAAAUGAGACAUUCAUCAUUUGCAACUGCACCAUGGCCAGAUGCAUUGAAAACAACACGAUUGAAAUUAUUCCAUAUGAAUGUCCUCCCAUUGAGAACAUCACUUGUACAAAUGGAAAGAAACCAGUUCUUGUGUAUGAUGAGUACUACUGCUGCCAACAUUACGCUUGUGACUGUGUAUGUGAGGGUUGGGGAGAUCCUCACUAUAUCACAUUUGAUGGAUUGUACUACAGUUAUCAAGGAAACUGUACUUACGUCUUAAUGGAAGAGAUUACACAAAAACAUGGCUUGAAGAUUUAUAUCGACAACGUCUUAUGUGAUCCAACUGAAGAUGUUUCCUGUCCACGAUCAAUAAUUGUAUCAUAUGGAACUCAAGUGAUCACACUCAUGAAUCAUAAUCUUCUUGGAGCAGCACAGUUAGAGGCGCUCAAAGAUAGAGUACUGUUGAGGCUACCCUAUUCACAACAAGGUGUUAAGGUUAUGACUUCUGGCCUUACCUUAAUUGUGGAGAUCCCUCGUCUGGGUGUUGUCAUUACAUUUGGAAUAACUGGCUUUAGUGUCACCCUUCCAUUUCAAAACUUUGGAAGUAACACACAGGGUCAUUGUGGAACAUGCAAUAACAACCAGGCUGAUGACUGUAUGCUGCCUGGAGGCCAGCUAAUUGAAAACUGUGCAGUGAUGGCUGAUUAUUGGCCUGCAAAACACAUUUACCAACCCAACUGCCAAAUACCACCUGUACUACCCACUGAUAUACCCGAACCCCCUCCAACCAUAACUCCAUGCAAUCCUGACUCCAUAUGUGACCUGAUCAAGAGCAGUCUCUUUGCACAGUGCCACCCCUUUGUCUCUCCUGAUAAUUUCUACCAAGGUUGCGUUUUCGAUACCUGCCAUGUUUCAAACCCAGCAGUAGAAUGCACAAGUUUGCAGACUUAUGCUGCUGCCUGUGCUCAGGCUGGAGUUUGCCUUCACUGGAGGAACCACACCACACUGUGUGCCAGUGACUGCCCACCAAACAAAGUUUACAAGCCAUGUGGCCCUGCAGAACAGCCAACCUGUGAUGACAAUCCUAACGAACCAACCAUGAACUACACCACUGAGGGCUGCUUUUGUCCUGAUGGGAUGAAACUCUUCAACAAAGAUUCUGGCAUAUGUGUUAAUAAGUGUGGUUGCCUUGAUCCCGAGGGUAAUCCUCGUGAGUUCAAUGAGAUAUUUGAGUACAAAUGCCAAAACUGCAUCUGUGAUGAGUCUACAAAGACUGUGAUAUGCAAGCCAAAGGUGUGCCCAGCACCACCUUUCAUAAACUGCACCCUUCCCGGGUUUGUCCUCGUUAACAAAACGAAUCCUUCAGACCACUGCUGUUCAGUGUUUGUUUGUGAAUGUCACAGCAACAAUUGUCCACCCAUGAAUAGGAACUGCCCGGUUGGAUAUUUGCCAAAUAUCUAUCUUCCUGAGGGAAAAUGCUGUCCAGAACAUAAAUGUGAGCCCAAAAGAGUCUGUGUCCACAGAGAAGUUGAAUACCAGCCUGGUUCUUCAGUUCCUGGGCCUGUAUGUCAGGACUGCACCUGCACAAAUGAGGUUGAACCCAAAUCUGGUCUAUUCAAGAUAUCCUGCCAGUAUCAGCAAUGUAAAGAAGACUGUGACAUGGGAUAUGAAUACGUGGAAGCUGAUUACGAUGAAUGCUGUGGGAAGUGUGUACAGACACAAUGUAUCCUAAAUUUGAAUGGUACCAAGAAGCUCCUCGCAGAAGGAAAAACCUGGUCACCACCUGAGGAUAAGUGUGAGCACUACACCUGUGUUAAAAACGAUGAGACUUUGACUACAACCAGCUCACAUGUUAUCUGCCCACCAUUCCAGCUGAGCAACUGCCAACCUGACACAGUCCAGACCGCAGCAAACGGCUGUUGUAAAAUAUGUGUGGAGAAGGAAAAAGCCUGUAAAAUAGGUUCCAUGAAAACACAUGUAAUACAUAGGGGCUGUCAGUCUCAACGGGAGGUAGACAUGCCAUAUUGUGAAGGAUCCUGCAACACUUUCACCAGAUACUCUGAAGUAGCAGCUGUCAUGCAGCAUUCAUGCUCCUGCUGUAAGGAGACACGCUUCAGCAAUCGGACUGUUGACUUACACUGCCUGAAUGGAGAUGUGGUCCCUUACUCGUACAUGCAUGUGGAGGAGUGUGGCUGUACUAACACUGACUGCACCAGAGCUGCUGCUCUACAUGCUCGCAAGAGGAGAAGCUUCACACUGGUGUAAUAAAACAGACACGGGAUGAAAAAGUUCUUACCCAUGUUAUUGUAACAGUCAUUAUAUAGCAUAUAAAGUAAUCACCAAUGUAGAGAUAUUAUUUAUCACAGUGUUUAUCAGUUCAUCAAAUAAAAAUGCAGCAACUA